AUAGAAGGCAAAUAGUCAUUAUUUACUAAUGAUUCAAACACAAAGGGGAUUUUGAGGGUUUUGGGCAAUCGAAACUGGUUACACUAGCGCAAGUGGGUGGUUACUACAACUGAUCUUUUGGGUAUGGCAAAGCUUGGGUUUUGUUGUGGUGAUUCAAAUUUGAACGGCCAUGACGCCGUUUGCAGGAGUAUUGAUAAUUGUGGCAAUGUAUAGCCGAUUUGCAGAGUCUGCAAUGGAGCUCCCUGGAUGGCUCGGUGAAACGUAUAGGAUACCAUUGAGAACUAGCAAGGAUGCGUCUAAACUUUCCAUAUUGAAAUAUGGUCCACCUUCUGGCUUUGAUCCAGCUCGAGUAACUCAGUUGUCUUGGCAUCCCAGGGCCUUUUUGUACAAGAAUUUCCUUACAGAUGAAGAGUGUGAUCAUCUCAUUGCAUUGUCAAGAGACAAGAUGGAGAAAUCCAUGGUUGCAGACAAUGAGUCAAGGAAAAGUGUUAUGAGUGAAAUCCGAACAAGCUCAGGAAUGUUCUUGAGUAAAGGCCAAGAUGAAAUUGUUGCAAGGAUCGAGGAAAGGAUUGCAGCUUGGACAUUUCUUCCAAAAGAAAAUGGAGAGGCAAUGCAGAUUUUGCAUUACGAAAAUGGCCAGAAAUAUGAACCUCAUUUUGAUGAUAAACUCAAUCAAGCCAUGGGUGGUCACAGAAUUGCCACAGUGCUGAUGUAUUUAUCUGAUGUGGUGAAGGGGGGAGAGACUGUCUUUCCUAAUGCAGAAUCAAAGCAGAGCCAGCCAAAAGAUGAUUCGUGGUCAGAAUGUGCCAAGCGUGGCUAUUCAGUGAAGCCCAACAAAGGGGAUGCCCUACUGUUCUUCAGUCUUCACCCAGAUGCUACAACUGCUGAAACUGGAUGGGACUUCAGUUCACGAUGGAUGAGUAAUUAGAAGAAUCUUACAACAUUGCAUACCACUUCUAUCAUACCUGUAGAUCUGAAUACUUAUUUAUUGCAGAUG